AUGGCAGUCAUGCAAUGGAAUGCCGAAAGCGAUGGGUCUUGCCGUUUGCAGGAUCCAAUUUUCGAGUCCGGUAACGUCUCGGAGGCUCCUUUGAAGCUGGAGGAUACAAUUUUGAGUGGAGAUGUCAGCACGGCGCCGGAGUCGACCGACUUGCUCAUCGUGGGAGCUGGGCUCUCUGGUGCGGUCUUGGCCGAGCGUUGCAGCAAGGAGCUGGGCAUGACUUCCUUGAUCAUCGAUAAGAGAGAUCACAUCGGCGGCAACUGCAAGGGCCUCGGCUACGACUAUGAGCCGGGCUUAGCUGUUUGCACGUUGCAAGAGCGAGUCGAUUCGAACGGAAUCCGCUGCUCCAAGUACGGUGCACACCUAUUCCACACGCAGUUCGAGCGGGUUUGGGAAUACGUGUCCAACUUUUCGGAGUGGAUCCCCUUCGAUCACCGUGUGAAGGGUUUGGUGGAAGACAAGGCCGGCGUCAAGCGACUGACUGUAAAUACCCUCUUCGAGGAGAGCGUGUGCAGCGAGGCUGACAUGCAGGCCUGGUAUGACAAGGAGCGGCUGCCUCCUCCGGGUGGAGAGCCCAAAAAUGGGGAGGAAGCUGCGCUCAGCCGUGUUGGGCCAAGGCUCUUCGAGAAAGUGUUUAAGCACUACACCAAGAAGCAGUGGGACCGGACAAAUACCCUGCUGAGCUGGACGCAAGCGUGCCCGGUUGCGGAGAGCUCCGUUGAACGAGACGAGAAAUCAGCAGCAAUUCGCUUGAGGCUCAGGGAUCCGAACAUCAGCAUCCGGCUGAACUGUGACUUCUUUCAGUUGAAGGAGGCCGGCAGACUGCCGAAGCACAAGCUGCUUGUGUACACAGGUCAGAUUGAUAGUUACUACUCAGCGCUGGGAAUGCCAAAGCUGGAAUACCGAUCCCUGCGCUUCGAGGAGGAGUUCGUCCCUGAGCCGGACGGCGGCUUUUUCCAAGAGGCCAUGGUGGUCAACCACCCCUCGCCGGACGUGCCCUUCACACGCAUUGUAGAGUACAAACACGUCCCGAACCAGCCGCAGGAGGUGAAAGACGGCAAGGUCAAGGGGACUCUCAUCGCCAGAGAAUACUCCUCUGCAGAAGGGGAGCCGUACUACCCAGUGCCAAACCCUGCCAACAGGGCGCUCUAUGAGAAAUAUGCAGACCUCGCGGCGCGCGAGGAGGGGGUGGCAUUUGUGGGACGCCUGGCGUCGUACAAGUACUUCAACAUGGACCAGGCCAUUCUGAAUGCGCUGGAAAUGUUUGACAAUCUGAAGGAGACCGGCAAGUUAGAGCCCAAGCGGAAACCUGAAGAUUUCGGUCCGGGUGAUGGCCCGAAGUAG